AUGACCCAUGGGCAACUCAGCAGCGCCGGGCGCAGGGAGAAAGCCGGCCCGGGCCGAGCCGCCGGGCUGCGCGCUCCCGCUCGCCCUCCCUCCGCCGCGGCCCAGGGCCCGCUGACCCCGACGUGGACCCCGACGCCUCCGCUGACCCCGACGUCGGCCCCGACGCCGACCCGCCGUCCGACCCGCCCUCGCCGGGGCGCCAGGUGUCCUGGCGAGACGCCCGGGCUGCAGGAGGGGCGCCCCGGGGCCUGCUGGUGUCUCGGGGGGGCGCACGGGGUUCCCGACUCUGUUUCUGUCUCUAGGGCGGACACGGAGAAGCUGCUGCCGGCUGCGCGGCCCGACUCUGGACGGAGGAGCCCCACGAGUUCUCGCGGCGACCGCCCCCUCGCUCCCGGACCCCGCGGGGCGGCGACAGCGCUUCCGAAAGAGACCCACGGAGCGCUGAUGAAGCCUGCAGCUCGGUCCGGGGAAGACGGCGGGACAGCAGGAGAGACCCAGGGAGCGUCUCAGAGAAAACCUCGGGCUGGGCCCGAGACUGGACCUACCCUCUCCCCGCAGAGGUCCUCUUGA